AUGCACAUGCUUCUAGUCUCCGAGCUUAAAGGACGGGCUCAUGAGUGGCUACAUGCCAAUGGUACGCGCAUUUUGGAACCCGUGGCAGAUGCCAGGCGCCUAUUCGAGUCUCGAAUUUGGAGCGCCAAUGAGAGUUUCGUCAGUUACUUCGAUGAAAAGGCCAGGCUGCAUUCAGCUACCGGUACAGCGAGCAGCAAGAGAAACUACAAAGUGGCCGCUACGGGCAGAAGAUCCAAAGAAGAUUUCCGUUGCUACAACUGCAACUCGAAGGGCCACAUGAGCAAGGACUGUAAGAAACCCGACAGAGUGCCAGGUUCCUGCUUCGGAUGCGAUGACUUGGAUCAUUGGGUGGUUAAUUGUCCACUUCAUAAAGAGAAGCUAGCUAAAGGAUGGGACGAGUUAGACUUAAAUGCCUUGAAAUAG